CGGACGGCGCAUCGACGACAGUCAGUCCGGUCCGGAAUCCGUAGCCUGCCGUUGCCGUCCACCAGUGCCACCAGUCACCAGUCGAGUCCCAGACCGUCCGAGCCAAGAUGCUCGCCUGUCACGCCGCGGGUCGUGGCCGGCCGCGGCCGCGUCUGAUCACCUGCACCGUCGGCGCCCUGGCGGCCCUGGCCCUCCUGCUCCUCUGCGCCCCGGCGGGCGUGGCGGCCGACGGCGAGUACGAGGUCCCGGACCCCAUCAUCAAGGCCUUUAGUCCCAAGGGACUAAGUGUGUCCAUCCCAGAUUCGGAAGGCGUGGAGCUCUUCGCCUUCCACGGCAAUGUGAACCGGGAGCUGGGUGAGCGGGAGGCCGGCGAAAUGUCGAUGGACAUCAGGAAGAAGAGCAAGGAGGGCCUGUGGACGUACCAGUCGCAGCGGAAGCUCAAAGUCGGCGACGUCAUCAACUACUGGCUGUACGUGCAGCGUUUCGGCAGAGGCUACGAGCGACUUGGGCAAACCUUCUACGUCACAGAACUGGCUCGAGAUCCCGGAAAAGUAGACGAGUCUGAGCCGCCUAAACGGACCCCCAAGUCUGGCCAGGGCCAGGGCUCCAGUCGGGGCUCGGGGUGGCGGGAACUGGCGGACAAAGAGGACAAGGAGCCGGCCCUGGAGCCGACAUUCGAGUCCCGUCAGAUCAUUGUGAUCGAGGGGCGGCCCCCAGCAGCGUACCGCCCCCAGCAGUCGCGCCCCCCGCCCCCUCCGCCUAGCUACGAGGGCGGCAGGCGGAAAUGA